UUAUAAUGUCCGUCAAAGUGGCAGUCAGAGUAAGGCCUUACAAUUCUCGUGAACUUGAAUUGAAUUGUUCAUUAUGUGUGGCUAUGAAUGGUCCAACAACAAUAUUGUUAGGUAAGUAAUAUAAGUUAAACAAAAGAUCUCGAGGAUGCUAAGAAAAAUAGAGAUUUUGCUUUUGAUUAUUCUUUUUGGUCACAUGAUUCAUUUGAGAAUGAUGAAAACGGUUACAGUAGAGCAAUUCCAGGUAGCAAAUAUGCAGAUUAGCAAAUGGUAUUCGACACAGUUGGUUAAGAAAUUUUAAAUAAUGCUUGGUAAGGUUAUCAUUGUUGCUUAUUUGCCUAUGGUUAAACAGGAGUAAGAAUGAAUAAUAAUAAUUAAGGCUGGUAAAUCAUAUUCAAUGGUUGGAUAUGGAGCGAAUAAAGGUAUCGUACCAAUAUCAUGUGAAGAGAUUUUUAAGCGAAUAAAAAAGAACCCAGAUUCUCAAUUAAGUAUAUUGAUAGAUGAUAUAAUGAUUAGCUUAUGAAGUAUAAGUGAGUAUGCUUGAAAUAUACAAUGAAAAGGUAUAAGAUCUACUUGUACCUGUUCCUAAGAGACCAACAGGAGGUUUAAAAGUUAGAGAACAUAAAGUAUAUGGAGUGUAUGUAGAAGGAUUAACAAAAUAUCCAGUUGAUUCAUAUGAAGCAAUAGAGGCAAAGAUGGAUGAGGGAAGUAAGCAUAGAACAGUUGCAGCAACUUAAAUGAAUGCAUCGUAGAUUAUUCUAUAUUAUUGAUUAGUUCUUCAAGAGCACAUACAAUUAUUUAGAUAGAGUUUAAGGAGAUAAAGAAUGUAGAUGGAAGAAAAUCAGAGAAGUUAUCAGUUAUUAAUUUGGUUGAUCUUGCAGGUUCAGAGAAAGUAGGAAAGACAGGAGCAUAAGGUGAUCGUUUAAAGGAAGGUAAGGUUUAAUAAUAUUGUUAAUUAUAGCUGGUAAUAUAAAUAAAUCAUUGUCUGUGUUGGGAUAGGUUAUAGCAGCAUUGGCAGAUAAGGCAAUGGGUAAAGGAAAGAAUGCAGUAGUUCCAUAUAGAGAUUCAUAGUUAACUAGAAUAUUAUAAAAUGCUUUAGGAGGUAAUUCAAAGACAUUGAUGAUUUGUGCUGUUAGUCCUGCUACUGAUAAUUAUGAAGAAACUUUGAGUACAUUAAGAUAUGCAGAUUAAGCAAAAAAGAUUAAGAAUUGCGCUGUUGUUAAUGAAAGUGAUGUCGAUAAGAAAUUAAGGGAAUAAUAAGAGGAAAUUCACUCUUUGAAAUAAUAAUUAAUGAUGUUGUAAUAACAAUUAAAAGGUGGAGUCAUUAAUCCUGAAAUGUUAAAAUAAUUGUCUUAGAUUUAAGAUGAUAUUGAAACUAAUGAGACUAUCAUGUAAGAGAAUUAAGAGUCAUUUCAAUCUAAAUUAGAAAAGUAAAAAUAGAAAGAUGAAGAAGAAGAUGAUGAAGAUUUAUAAAAUGAAGGAAUUAAGGAACAUCCACAUUUGGUUAAUUUAAAUGAAGAUCCAUUAUUAAAUAGAAAGAUAUUGAAAUCUUUAAAUUAAGAGGAAACACAUGUAGGAAGACCUAAUGGAAAUCCAACUCCAUAAAUUGUUGUUAAUGCAAUGUGUGUUUAACCUAAUCAUGCUGUUAUAACAAAUAAAGAUGGAGUUGUUUAAAUAAAACCAUUUACAAAAGAAUGCGGUGAUUUUAUUUUUGUUAAUGGUUCACCAAUUACAGGUCCUACUUUAUUACAUCAUAAUGAUAGAAUUAUCUUUGGAACUACAACUACAUUUUUAGUUUAAAUUCCAGGAUCUGAAUAAAUAGAAUAAGGACCUGAAAUUGAUUGGGAAUUAGCAUAACAGGAAAUGCAAAAAAAGGAAGAAGAAAAAAGAUAAGAACUAUAAAAAUAAGCAGAGAAAUAAGUACAUGAAGAAAUGCAAAGAAAAAAAUAAGAAUUAGAAGAAUAGAGAAAAGAAGAAUAAAGAUUAUAUGAAGAAUAGAUGAAAAAAUAAUAAGAGGAUUUUGAUAGGAAAAUGAAGGCUUUAGAAGAAUAAAAUAAAGAUAUGUUGAAUAGAGCAUUAAUGGCUGAGGAGGAAAGAAAAUUAAUAGAAGAAAGAAAGAAAUUAGAAGAAGAAACAUUACAAAAAUAAUUGUAAAGAGAAAAAGCUAGAAAAUAAUAUGAAGAUGAAGAAACUAUGAAGAAAUAUAGAAUUAAAGAAAAGAAUUUUAUAGAGAAUAAAUUAUAAAAGUAUUUACCAAAGGUAUUGGAAGUCAAUUUGAUUGCAAAAGAACUUAAACGAAAUGUUACUUUAGAAGCUAGAUUAAAAUAUGUAUAUGCUGAUGAUUAAGAAUACUCUUAAUUUACAGAGGAGAAUGCAUAGAAAGGAUAAAUUCAAAUCUAGGUUAAUAAUAAAGAAGAAGGAUAAAUUUAUUAUUGGGAUUUACAUAAAUUUUCUAAUAGAUACUAUAUAAUAAAAGAUUUAUUAGAAAGGUAUUUCGAAUCUAAUCAAUUAUUAUCAUUACCAAAAGAUUAAGAUCCUUUUUGGGAUCCUCCUGAAGCAAGAGUUAUUGGUUCUGGAUUUCUUAAAUUAUAAGCUUUAGCUUAUUUGAUGGAUAAUCCUUGUGAUUUGACUCUAGUAGGAGAACAUUUCUAAUGUGGAACUCUAAAAGUUAAUUUGAUUCCUACAGAUGAAACAGGACAAAGAAAUUUAUCAGAAGAUAUUGAAGAUGGCAUUGAACCACCUGUUGAAGAUCCAUCUGAAUUAGUUGGUAGAAGAUUUGAUUUUAGAGUUUCAAUUGAAAGUGCAAGAUUGCCAGAAAAUCUAUGCAAAGAUACUUAUGUUGAAUAUUCAAUACAAGUUGAAGAAAAAAAGAAAGAAUUAUAUAAAACUAAAACUGUAUUGAUUCUAUCUUAUACUUUUAGUUAGCUGGAGCUCAUCCAAAUCCUAUUUAUAAUUAUGAUUAAUAACAUACAUUUGAUUAAUUAACUGAAGUCUAAUUGAACUAUUUAAUUAAUGGAACAGUAAUUAUUUUAUAUAUAAAUUAAGAUAUGUUUUAAAGUUUAUGGAUAUGAUGAAAAUAAGAGUAAAGAUUUGAAAAAAAGAGAAAUUCCAGUUGAAAAUUUAAUUCCUUAAUAAUAGACUACUUAAUAAUCAAAUUAACCUUCUAUUUCAUAAUAACCACAACCCAGUUAAUAAAUUGAACAAGUCAAAAAAUAAGAAGAGCAUAUUGAUAUUCUAACCAAAACAAUUAAUUAAUCAAAAAAUAUUUAACAAUAACAAUUAUAAUCAUAACAAUAAUAAUAACCUAAUAAACCAGUUUAACAAAUUCCUUAAGUGAAACAACCUAUUGAAAGUAUAUAAAUUGAUUAUUAUUAUUUUAGAAUUUACUCCUAACUAACCAACCCCAUAAACCAUUAAUAGAUAAUCAAUAAAAGAAUUUGAAGAUCAUACUUCAGAACAAUAGCAAAUGAAGGCUAAAUUACAAUAAUAAUAAAUGAAUGCUCAAAAACCAAGAAGUUCAUCUUAAGAUAGAACACCUGCCAUGAUGUCUAAAGGAAAACCUGAUCCAAAGAAAGGCUCUAAAAAAGAUGAUGGAUGCAAUAUAUUCUGAUAAAACAUAAAAUCAAUAUUAUUAGUCAGCUUGUCCU